UUCAUGUAAACUUGUACUCAUUUUCAGAGUCUAGUUUAAGAGACAUGUGUUGUGUUUUUAUAACUAAAUGAAAUGGCUAACAAAAUUACUGAUGCUGCUUCUACCGAUGAGGACCAUAGACAUUUAGACAGUGGUAUUGAUAAUAUUGAUGAUAAUUUGCGUGUUCAGUUGAGCAUUCAAUCGACAAUACAAACCCAGGCUGACGAAUUAGGUUACCGACAAAAUGGAGGUUGUGAACGUUUGGACGAGCAGCCGUUUAAUUUUGAGAGGAUUGGAAAAUCGGCGGUUGAGGCAGUGGAAUAUACUUGCAGAGUUCAGGCAGAAGAAAUUGAAGAGAAGACUCAAAGUCUAAUAGAUGAAAUAGAUAAAACAGGGGAGACAAAUCUUGAAACACUCCAGAACGAAGGACUGUGUCUACUCGAUGAUUUGAAAACAUGCAGUUUCAUCGAACGACAAAAGAUAAAAGAUCUAGGAUCAGCCGUUCAGGGGGAUCCCACAUUGAAUCAGCACGCCCUUGAAGAAUUCAAGCGAGACCUUGUUGACUUCUACUAUGUGAAACAUAGCGAGUUGCCAAUUUCACCACUUAUAAAGCAGAAAAGUUCAAAACUUCUAGAUUUCUACGUACUUCCCACGAUGAAACGGCGACUUUGCAAUCAAAUGAGUGGGUCUAAUAUCAAUGCCUUUGAAAACAUAGACCAGAUUGCAGAUAUUUUGCUGGAUGAAGAUAAACCAUCUCAAGAGUUGACUGUUGUAUCUGCAAGAUCCGGUGUUGGCAAAACCGCAUUUUGUAAAUUUAUUGCAAUCGCAUGGUGUACGUUCUACAAGGUUCUGGAUUCGUCAGAAGAAUCUCAGUAUUGCAGAGAUAUCAUCAGGGAAAACUUGCAGUUCUUGAACAAAACAUAUGACAUUGUUUUCUAUGUGAAUUUGAAUGAAGUAAGAAACGAUGGCGGGGAUUAUUUCAUCGAAAACGUCAUCGAAAAGUCGAUAAUCCGUCGACUGAAGGGAAAUUAUGAUCGAAAAAUACUUGAAGCAGUUAUGAAAAUGAACUGUUUAAUUCUGUUUGAUGGACUUGAAAACUGGCCAUAUCAAGAUUUACCCGAAUUUGAAAAGGAACGACCUACAUGCACGUUAGCUUUUACAGCCCGACCAUGGGCGAUUAGUAGAUUUAAUCUCCACGAUAUUUCGGACGUCAACUUCGUUCAUAUGGAAGGACUAAAUGAAAAUUCUUCAGGACUAUUUAUCGAUAAGCUCAUCCAGUGUCUUAAUGAAAAAUAUGAAGGAAGGAAAAAUCCAAACGAUUUUGUUGCGAUUUUGCAAGGACAUAGAAACGCUGAUCUCGUCCAUGGAGAUCCAAGUGAUACAAGCAGUGUGACGUCGAUUCCCCUGAUCAUUAUGCACCUGGUAUGUCUAUGGUAUGACGGACAACCGCUUGGAGAAUCGAAAUGCCAAACGUACUGCAAUAUGAUCAAUUUGCUCUUUGCACGCUCAAACAAAGCUAAACACGCAACUUCGAGUAUAAAAAAGAAAGGCCAUUUACCUUCUUGCUUUGAUAAUUGCCAAAGCUGUUUGGAAAACAUGGAUGCAAUGUUUUCUCUAGCUGAAUUGGCAUUUAAGGCUUUAUUCGCGGGAAACAAGGAAAACAGAUACGUCUUUCGGGGAAGCUUCAUACCGAAGAAACCAAAGUCGUUCGAGCGAUUAGUACUUGAUAUUGGAAUCAUAUCAAAGGAAGUUAUAUCCCCUACGGCCUACGGUAGCCAGGAAACAUACAGUUUCUACCAUGUGUCAUACCAAGAAAUGCUGUGUGCGCUGCACCUUGCAACUAUGAAUGGCGAUGAAUUUAAACAUUUUUUGCAGAACUUUCGUAUGGACAAUUUUGCGGAUGCAUUGGAUUUCACGGAAAUAUUUGUUUUCUUAUGCGGGAUGAACGAUACAAGAGCAUCGCUUUUUGCUGAGUCAUUUUCUGAUUUGAUCAAUAGAAUGUUGCCGAAAUCUAUAUUUCAUGAUGUUGACUUUGUUUUAUGUGAGAAAAUUAAGUUUGUUCAAGACAUAAUCUGCAAAGGAUAUGAUGAAAGUGUAAGAAAUGGUACAACAAAGUCUGAACUUGUUUUGAGACAUUUCAGUGAUUCUGGCAAGAUGUCUUUAGAUUCAGCUCAUUAUUUGAUAGACAAAAAGAAUACCAUCAGCUCCUUAUUUUUAUUGCAGGCGCAAUGCAACGAAAAGCAAAUUGCCUCUGUAGUUAAAAGAAACAAACAUUCGCUUGGAUUCCUAUACAUGUAUACUGGAAACUCUGAAGCAGAUGAAUGUGUUGCAUUGAAGAAAGUGAUUAAGGAAUUAAAAAAUUCUAAUUUGCAUACACUGCGGAUUGCAAGAAGCGUACUGUCUGUAGAAUUAAAUUUGGCAAAUUUGGAAACAUUUUGCAUAGAAAGGAGUGUAUUUCAUGCUCUGCCGUUUUGCAGCAAACUGAAACAUUUUUCGGUCGACAAUUGUUCAAUGAUUCAAACAAAUCAAAGAGGUUUACUUCAUACCGACCAAAGGCCGUCGUCACAAACCUUAGACCUUUCUAAACUCGCCAACCUUCAAUCUCUGCAUAUAAACGACCUUCGCUUAAUUACAGAAUCCAAGAAGACUCCGAAGGGCGGAAACAAAGAGAAGACGAUGUGGCCCAACUCUAGACGUUCAUAUUCUGACUCAUCGCACACAUCAAAUGCUGGCAAGACUUUGUCACGUCCUUUGAUUGUGUUGCCGAAACAAAAUGAAAUGAAACGACUAAAUGUGAGCUCAUUGUCCAUGCCCGCACAUCUAGACUUGUCUACGUAUAAUUUGGAAUAUUUGACAGUCAAAUGCUGCCCCGACAUUGUUGAGAUGGCCGUUAAUGCGAAAUAUCUAUUUGAAAUUGAUAUUUCUGGCGACAUAUCUUUAGACAUAACGUUUGCAUUUACCGCCAAACUUGAGAUCCUUCGACUCAGAAACGUAUAUAUAUUGAAAACGGACGUGAGUGGAAGCGGUACGCUGGAUUUAUCACGUUGCCAUAGUUUAAAAGAGGUGUCACUGACCCACGUCAGAUUUGAGGGCAAUUUCGAUGUUUCAAGAUGUCCUCGUUUGAAAAAGCUCAAAUUGGACAAUGUAAUAUUUAAUGGCUUUGUUGUUGGAAUGAACAUACUUGAAAUGGUUUCGUGCAAAGUUAUUUCUCAGUGUAAUCAAGUUAUCUCGGAAGUUACACGAUCAAAACCUGAAUCAUUAGAAGAGUGUACCCUUCACUGUACAGAACUGCUGAACGACGCAAGUGUUCCGAUGCUUGUUGGUAUGUUGCCAUCGAUGAUAAAUUUGAAAAGACUAAAUUUAAGCAACAUGCGCUUUCCCGAUGUAAUAAACAAACUUUCUCUUCCUGAAAAUGUUACAUCAAUCACCUUUGAAAGAAUAAGUAUGUCAUCAUCUACACUAUAUGCACUUACAUCUUCAGUCGAAUCAGUAUACCAAAGACAGAGUAUAAACCUAACAAACUGUGAUAUUACACACAUUGUUAAUAUUUAUUUAAGACCUGAACAGCAAAAUGCCCAGAGGAAAAGUCUUCAGCGAACUCAAAGUGUACGACAAGAUAUGACUAAAGAAUUCACUCUCUCCCGGUCAAAGAUGAAUGUCUCAGACAUGUAUAAACUUGUAAGUGAUCUGACAAAAUGUGUAUUUCCAGUAAAAUGUAUAAUAGACAGGUGCACAGUCAUACCAGGGGAAGAAGUUCUUCCUUUGAAUGCAAUAGAAUCUAAACGAUAUCGGACGACACCAUUUAGCCUUACCAUAACAAACACAGAUAUUGAGAACGGGCGCAUCAACUCUUUAUUUGCAUUGCUAGUUUUACUUCCAGGAUCAUUACACGUUCAGGUUAGGAACUGCAAAGUACUUGGCUCUGACAGCCACAUAAGAGGUUCAGAUUUAACUAAUGCUACAGUGCCCAGUAACACCGUAAAAGAAGUGUCUAUAUUCGAAGCGAGUCUUUCUGAUACUUUUCUUAUUUCCUUAAUUGCAUCAUCAACAAAUGCUGUUGGCAAAAUCAGCUUGCAAAUAGAUUCCUGCAAAAUCUUGCCAAUCGAGGAAUCGGAACAGAGUACCAGAAUUGAAACUAUUCAGUUUAGAUCUAAGUUUCCAGAAGAUGAUUCCACCAGAGUGUCAGAUUAUCUUUGCGUCACCAUCGUUGAAACAAUUAUUCCCAAAGACGCACUUUACCAAGUGUUGAUGCUCCUCAAGAACUCUUAUAGGGAUGUUCAAUUCGUAGCUAAAAACUGUGACAUAAUUCCAAGCAUCGAUGUUCAAUCUGCUAUAACACAUUUGAACGAAACUGGGAAAUUUGAAAUGGAAUGUUGUGAUGUUGUUGAUAACUGAUAAUUUUUAUGUUGUUAGGUAGUUCAACUUAGUUGAUAUUACCACUUAUAAGUAUUAUACACUUAUAAGUAUUCUAUUUUGUAUUGUAUAAUAAUAAUAAUAAUAAUAAUAAUAAUAAUAAACCUAU